CCAAGUCAAAGCCAUGAACAUCAACGAUGCCAAGGAGUAUCUGUCAAGGAGAGAAAUCCCCCAGCUGAUGGAGAGUUUGCUGACAGGACUGAUGUACUACCGGCCAGAUGAUCCCAUCGACUACAUGGAGCAGUGCCUGAAGAAGGUACGAGAGCUGGGAGGGACCGACAAAGUGCGGUGGGACACCUUCGUGGGGCAGGAGAAGAAAUCGCUCCCACCACUGAAUGGUGGCCAGUCACGACGGUCGUUUUUCCGCAACGUGCUGCCUGAUAGAUACGAGCGGCUGCCACCUAUCCACCAGUUCUCCAUCGAGAGCGACUCUGACCUCUCCGAGACAGCCGAGCUGAUCGAGGAGUACGAAGUGUUUGACCCAUCAAGACCACGGCCCAAGGUCAUCCUCAUCAUCGGUGGCCCUGGUAGCGGUAAAGGCACACAAAGCCUGAAGAUUGCAGAGCGCUACGGCUUCGAAUACGUCUCAGUGGGAGAACUGCUCCGCAAAAAGAUGAUCCACAACGCUACCAGCAACAGGAAGUGGAGUCUGAUUGCCAAGAUCAUCACUAAUGGAGAGCUGGCUCCUCAGGAAACAACCAUAACUGAGAUCAAGCAGAAGAUUAUGAAGUUACCAGACGCCAGUGGUAUCGUUAUCGAUGGAUUUCCUCGGGAUGUGGCACAGGCGCUGUCGUUUGAAGAUCAGAUUUGUACUCCGGACCUGGUGGUCUUUCUGGCCUGCUCUAACCAGCGUUUAAAGGAGCGUCUGGAGAAGCGAGCGGAGCAGCAGGGUCGGCCAGACGAUAACCCCAAAGCCACAGAACGACGACUUGCCAACUUCAAACAGAACACAGUGCCACUGGUCAAGUAUUUUCAGGAGAAAGGUCUCAUCGUCACGCUGGACGCAGAUCGAGAUGAGGAGGAAGUCUUCUCAGACAUCAGCAUGACAGUGGACAACAAGCUGUUCCCCUCCAAAGAGCCUGUUGCAGGACCGAGUGAGCUCGACCUGAGUCUGUUAGCAGACACCACCAGCCUGACUGACCUGCCAUUCAAAUUUGAUGAGCAGGCUAGCGAGGAGGAAAUGGGAUACGAAGAACACAGAGCAGAAAGUUUGCCAUUGGAGAAGAAAAAGCCAAAGGUCAUCUUCGUGCUUGGUGGUCCUGGAUCAGGAAAGGCCCUGCAGUGUGAGAAAAUCGAGGAGCGUUACGGUUUGAAGCGUCUCUGUCCUGGGGACAUGCUGUGCACCGAGCUUCAGUCCCACAGUGAGAAAGGACGUUUUCUCCGGGACCUGCUGGAGAGAGGAGAACAACUUCCCGAGGACACACUGCUGGACCUUCUGUGUGAGUCGAUGGAGACUACAGUGAGGCAGGGAAAAGGAUUCCUGAUCAGCGGCUUUCCACGGGACCUGAGGCAGGCGGUGGAAUAUGAAAGCAAGAUGGACCAGCCCAGUGCCGUCCUGUUACUGGACUGUUCAGCAUCCACCAUGACUAGGCGUCUCCAGCAGAGGGCGCUCUCCAGCCUUCGCUCAACAGACUCCUGCCACAGAGAUGCCCGCUGCAGAGUGGAGAGUUUUUGCGGCACGGUGACCCCUGUGACCACCCACUAUAGCCACACAGGGCUUCUGCACAGGAUUGAUGCGGAACAGCCCCCUGAUGAGGUGUUUGAGCAGAUCUGCUUGGUCCUGGACUCCUGUUAAAUACCCUGCUACUACACACAGCAUCAACAUAAAAAGCACAAAGCAUCCAGUCCUUCUCCAUCAUCAGCAGCACCACCAGCAUCUACAUCCAUUUACACAGGAACAUCAUGACUUCAUCACCCCACUGUACAGAAAAUCACCCAGCAGACACUCAAUGCUAAUGCUGUUUCUCUGUAUAAAGUGCUUCAGCUCCACCUAGCAUGGACUAAGUGGCCUGAGAGGAAGUGUUAUUUCCUCCACCUAUAUUUCGACAAAUCCCACCUUCUGCAGCUGGAUUGGUUAGUAUGCACUACAAAGGGUCCCAGGAAAUAUUAUACAGUAUGUUGUUUACAGCAGGGGUUUUCAACCUGUGGGGCACACCCUUUUCUAGGGGUCAGAGAGCACUUGCUUAGACUGGUGACACUUUUAUUAAGGAUCUUCUGGUAGAGAGCAGAAAUCAUUGUUUCAAUAUUCAUGAGGAGUAAAGCCCUGAAGCAUCCUCACACUAUCAAACAACCACCAUCAGGAUUAAAUGCUGGUAUGAAGUUGUUAUUGUGAAAUGCUGUGUUAGCUUUACGCCUAAUGUAACAGGACCUAUGUCUU